UCGUGGCAACAUACGGUUAACAAACGCAAGGGAAUUGCAAGUAGUUUUGAUUUCUAAAUUGUAAUUGUCGUCAGACUUUAUGGAUUACUGCUCUUCUCCAUGUUUUCGAUUAUGUUUCGACGUCUAAUCAUCUCACGAAGCCUACUGACUUGAAUACUAAUUGCAAAAAUUCGUAUUAGUUGCGAACUAAAUUUUAGUGAGCACUUAGUUAACUGAUUGGAGAAACUGUUUUUUCUAUUGUAUUAAAGUGAAGGUAAUAAUAUUGUGACAUAUUUCGUGCCAAUCUAGACUGUGAAUCGCUCAUGCAUUUCAAAAGACCUCGUGUAUGGCCUCGUACAGCAUUCAUCGGACAGUGCCCGAUGAAUGCCACCUCUGUGCGCCGCCCUCAGUUGGUGCGCUGAGGCAGCGCAGGUCGAAGACGGCACUCCGGUGCUACGCUGUAGCUCACAAGUGAGACUUCUUCCGUGUCUUGAUGUCCCGAGUUGCGCUUGUCGAUGUGAAUUGUUUGAAGCGAACAAGCGAGUUUGAUGGAACUUGGGAAACAAGCGAGUUUGAUGGACUUGGAACAUCAAUAACUGUUUUUUUUCCUACUCGGUUAUUGACGCAGGAAUAUGACUCGUCUCAGCAUGUCCUUCUUAGUAGGAUCUUCACUGCUCCUGAUGUCUGCAGGGUUAGCGGUUUCAUUAAACCAUGAAAACUACACAAAAUUUCCUGCUGGAGUUUUAGUUUCAUCGAUCAAGAAGCGUGAAGUUGAGCUGACCGAGCCUUGCUCGAUCCCAGCCGAUGCUGACCCCAGUGACUCGUACCCCGACUACCCAGAGUGUCGCGACGGCAGCUGUCCGCCGUGCAGACCUCGCGGUCAGUCCAAACCCCAAGGGCGAGCCAAGACUCGCGUGCAGCCUCAGCCUCCUCCUCGGCGACCUCAAGUCCAGCCUCAACCUUCACGAGCUAACCCUGCAGGAGCCACGCGGCCUAAUCUCAGAUGCCUCGUCCAUCCCCAACCCGACCCCGUCCCAGAGUGCCUCCGCGCUCCGCUGCCGCCCCCCAUCCUGCCUCCCUCCAUUUGCCCCACGCGUCCUGGCACAAACCAACCUAUUGACCAGAACUUAAUUCUUGAUAUCAUUCGAAAGCAAGAACAAUGUCAGGCAGGAGGCGCGCAGUGCAGCGAUAGCGUCCAAGAGCUGCUGCUGCGGCUGGCGCUGCUGGAGGAGCGUCUCAGGACCGUCGACGAGGCCGAGACCAAACUCGAGAUUCACACGAGAUUGCUGGCGCAGAUGUCCAACAGGCUUGACGGCGGGCAAUUCGGGAAUCCAGGACCUCCAGGACCCGAUGGGCCGCAGGGCCUGCGAGGAGGCCGAGGCGAAAGAGGGCUACCGGGCCGGUGCACUAACAUCGGCAACGUAAACUUGGUUCGAGGCCCACAAGGAUACCCUGGGCCACCGGGUGACCCUGGCCCCCGUGGGGACAAAGUUUGCAAUUGCAACGGUGAAAAAGGGAGUCCUGGCUUCCCCGGCUACACCUACACAGGGAGUGAAGGACCUAGAGGUCCUAAAGGGGCCAAAGGAGCUCAAGGGAGAUCAUCUGUGCCUCCAGCGUCCUCCGUAGAACUAAGUCUUGUAUGAGCUCGCUUGCUAGCCAACACUUGUCUUAUGCGCGUAUAUCAUGUCUGCUUAAAUUGCAAGUUCACCAAGAAUUUAACAAUGGUAUUUUACUUGCAAGAAGAUAUUCUGAGCAAAUAAAAUUCCAGCAGAAUUCAUCUUAUCUAUAUCGAAAAAUAAAAUCAAUAAAAUUUUACUUUGCGUUCUCAAUUCUGUUAAAUUCGCGGUGAACAUGCGAUUCAAUCAGACUUAUGAUAAAUUCCAUCACAACGUAAUACAAUAAAUUGAACUAUGAGUUCACGCCCAAAAAAUUAACUGGGUAUACACGUUUGCGAAUAUUUCAUCGGGAUCGAUUACAUAUAAAUUUUUGGCCACAAUUACCUGAGUGACGACAACAGAAUAAAUGAUUUGACUAAUCGACUAUUGAUAGGAGUUAUUGAACAUGCUGUCUCUUCAGAACAUGCUGUUUCUCUUGAAGCAAUUUUAUGAAUAAUAUUUUUUGGAACUAUUGCUUAAAUCUAAAUGUAGAGUCGGAUUAUCAGGCAAAUUUUCAAAUGAAAUCCAUAAAUAAGACGAGCGUUAUGAAUUCUUUAUGAAAUGUAAAAAUUCUUAUUAUUUUUGGACUCUGUUACAUACGAUGUAGACGAUAAAAAUGUCCCUCCUAGUUUUACUCUCUGGCUAUUACCUAACUUCAACAACUGAAUAACUUUCCGCUUUUGGCAACGGUCGUAUUGCAAAAUUUCUAGAGUAUCAUUGUCUUGAUGAAUUAGAUUAAAAGAUGAUUCUUAGCGACGCUGCCACAAAAACAUUUCGAUGCUAAUUAUUAACUCAACAAAAUAAGGGUUUUGUCGAAUAAAAAUAACUGAAAAUUGUGUAUGUACACAGAGGCUAGAUUCAAUAUUAAGAAAAAGCAUUGACGA